UAGUGUUGUAUUGUUUUGUGCGAAAGUAAUACAAGAUUUGACGAUCGUCUGUACAAAUGCAUUGAAUGCGUUACGAAAGAAAAGGGAAUGAGCUCGAAAGUUUUGUUGCGACGCUUGGCACUCAAGCAACUCACCGUAGUCACCCACCGGACAUUGUGCACUGUAGCAGAAUCACAUUAUGUAAAUGGUACCAUGCAGUACAGUUCUGAUGAACAGCAAAAAAUUCUGGAGAAAUUGAACAGUUGCUCUCAUGAGGAGCUUGCAAGUAUUUAUUUCUGGCAGGUAUAGAAUAAGUCCUACAAGACUGGCACGAUUGUCAAAUCAUCGGCAGAAAUUUGGCUCCUUUGCCAAUCUUGAUGAUGUUCUUAAAGCAAGUGGUAUGACACCUGAAACUCUUGACAGAUUUUGCAAUAGUGUUCUGUGUCCAUCACCUACUGAAAGGUCACAUGGAGUUAGAGUACAGCUGAUCAAGCCCAACCUCACCAACUCUGCCAGAGAUAACAUACAGAAUGUUAUAGGGAUUAAUUUCUUGCCAUAUACUGUGACUUGGGCAAAGAUUGACAGAGAGGGUAAUCUCUUGGAAUGGAAUUUCCAGCACCUGGAUCUUGGGUCCAAAAAACAGCAUCCACUUAAUUUGCUUGAGAUAGCUGCAGGUAUCACAGAAAAGAUUCCUAAUUGUGAUGCCUAUGUGAUGGAAGAAAUGGGAACCCCUGUGCAAUUGGCAAAGAAUUUGUUAAAUGCGCUUCAGACAGUUCAACUUCGCGCAAUGUUUAUUGCUUUACUUAGUGCAUCUUCUUUGAAUUCCUUUGGAGGUAAUGGCUUCUUACAGGAUAAACAACAGAAGGUUUUCUUUCUGAAAUCUCAUCUUCCGGCGCGGCUUUUCCAGACACUUAUCGGGUCAGAGCGUGUUUCUGCACAGUCUGUUGUAGAAGAAAUUUUCCAAGGGAGGUCAACUUCUGAAGCUCUUAACUACACGCCAAUAAUUGUUCCUAAUCAUGUUCAAGAUUAUUAUCAUGCAUGUGACAGUGCAGAGCGAGAAAUGUUGUGCCAGUCCUUACUACUUACAAUGACAUUUAUGGAUGUGGCAAUACAUCAAAAUGAAAGAAGUUUAGCAGCUGUUACUACUCGUAGAAUCUCAGUUUAAUAUUAUUUGUCCUGAUUUUUUACAUUUUUGCAUUCAGUUGUGUAUGAAGACUUUGUUAAAGCAGAUUUGUGUAUAGACUGUCCUGGUAUUUAGUAUUUUUUGUCUCAGAUUGUCUAGUGAAAAUUGUAAUUGCAAAAUUACGCAACAGAAACGUUUUGCACUGAAACGUAUUAUUAACUGUCUUGGCCAUGUAAAACACAUAUUGUGUGUCAUUGGAAGAAUAUAUAAAAAUUGGUGUAGUCCUCGACAUUAUGUGCUGUGUGUCAUAUGUGUAUAGACAAAGGAAAAUGGACAGUUUGUUGAUAAAUGUAAUUAAACAAUACUCCUUUGGUAAUACAGGAAAUUAUUUCAAAGUGAACUUACUGUAGUUGGUGACAGUGUUAAGGGCCUGUGGCAGUGCAACUCACAAGAAUGCUGCAUUGCCAACUCGGCUGAAAGCGCACAGCAGCUAUGUUACCUUCCUGCACCUUGGCAGUGUCGCAGACCAGAUCAUCUAAAUCUGUCUCAUGUUUGAAGAAAAGGUCCCUUGCCUGUUUGUGAAACACUUGGCGGCUUCUAGGUGUUUCAGCCAUUGUGAGAAAACACACAGAAAUCAGUCAUUCAUAGUUUCUUCCACAUAAAAUGCGAUAGAAUGCUCAAAUAUGAUGGAAGUUUACACAGUACAGAAUGCUGAAAUAGACUGAAUGCUGAUUGGCUGGGUGUGCAACUGUCUACUAUGCAUUCCCAGCCCAGAGACCAUAAACAUUGUCACAGACUAUAGUAGUCAAUAAUGAUAUUAUCUUUGUAAGAAUAUUAUUAAAAUAAUAAAGAUACUUUAUUUAAAAAGGAAAAUUGACAGGCUGAAGCAGUAUAUAGUAUAUAGUAUAUAGUGAGAAGUUCUGUGGAAGGAAGAACAGGACUUCUUGUCCAGUCAGUACAGGGUUAUCAACACAGAAUCAAAUAGAGGUGUGUGUAAUGAAUAAGAAAUUAGGAAUGUGGAUAAGCUAUUAUGAACUGAAUAGUGAACGCAUUAUCAUAACCAAGAUAGGUACAAAGCCAACACCCACCACAAAGCAAUAAAAGUUUAUUUGUCCUCUAACUCCAAAGAUGAUGAACAGGUUGAAAGAAUAUUUGAUGAGAUAAUGAGAAUUAUUCAGAUAGUUAAGAGGGAUGAAAAUGUUACUGUGAUGGGUGACUGGAAUUCAGUAGUAGGAAAAAUAGUAGGAGAACAUGCGUUGAGUGAAAGAGCUAGCUGCCUGGUAGAAUUUUGCACAGAACAUAAUUUAAUCACAAUAAGCACUUGGUUUGAGAAUCAUGAAAGAAGGUUGUACACAUGGAAGAGACCUGGCUGCUCUGGAAGGUUUCAGACUGAUUAUGUAAUUUUAAAACAAAGUUUGAAACCAGAUUUUUAACUGUAAGACAUUUCCUAGUGCAGUUGUGGACUUUGCCCAUAAUUUAUCGGUCAUAAACAGAAGAUUAAAAUGAGAAAUUGCAAAAAGUAGGAAAUAAAACAGAUGGGGCCUGUGUAAACUGAAGGAAUCAGAGGUUGUUGAGAGUUUCAGAGGAAGCCUUGGGCAACAUACUGAAACAGAGGAAACGAACCAAUAGAUGACAAAUAGGUAGCUUUGAGACACGAAAUAGGGAAGGCAGCAGAGUAUCACAUAAGUUGUUUGGUUCGUUGAUUUGGAGAGUAAAAGGACCAAACUACAAAGACGUCAGUCCCUUUCCCAUAAGUCAAAAGACAAGGUCCAGUAUAAGUCUCUGGAUAACAUGCGAGAUGUUCACUUUACAUGGCAAAAAGAGAAACUACAAAAAUGAAGCAGGCAAAAGGGAGUACAGAAGCCUAAAAUGGUGAUAAUGCAAAAUGGCUCUGCAGGAAUGGUUACAGGACAAAUGAAAGACUAGAAACAUGCAUGACUAGGGGAAAGAUCUUCUGCCUAUAGGAAAAUUAAGAGAGACCUUUUGAAGAAAGAGAAGCAACUGUAUGAAUCUUAAGAGCAACCCAGUACUGAGCAAAGAAAUAAAAACUGAAUGGUGGAAGGAAUAUACAGAGGGGCAGUAAAAAGAGAAAUGAAGGAGAGUUGGAAGAUAAAAUACUGAAAAAAGAAUUUGACAGAGUACUACAACACCAAAGUCAAAAUGAGGCCCUUGAAGUAGACAACAUUCCCUCAGAGUAUUGAGAACCUUGAGAGAGCCAUUAAUGACCAAAUUAUUCUAGCUUGUGUGCAAGAUGGAUGAGACAGGCGAAAUAUCCUCACACUUCAGGAAGAAUGUAAUGAUUAAGUUUCCAAGGAAGGCAGAUGCUGACCAUUCUAAAUAUUACUGAACCAUCAUUUUAAUAAGUCAUUGUUGCAAAAUAUUGUCACAAAUUAUUUACAGUAGACUGGAAAAACUGGUGGAAGCCAACCUCAGGGAAGAUCAGUUUGGGUACUGGCAAAAUGUAGGAAUAUGCAAGUCAGUACUGACCCUGAUACUUAUCAUACAAGAUAGAUUGAAGAAAGUCAUACCUACAUUUAUAGCACAUGUAGAUUUAGAGAAAGCUUUUGAUUAAACUACAUUCUUUGAAAAUUUGAGGAUAGCAGAUAUAAAAUACUGGAAACAUAAGGUUAUUUGCAACAAGUACAGAAACCAAGUAGGAGUUAAUGAGAGUCAAAGACAUGAAAGGGAAGUGGUGGUCGAGAAGGGAGUGAGGCAGAGGUGUAACCUAUACCAAAUGUUACUGAGCAAGCAGUGAUGGAAACCAAGGAAAAAUUUGGAAAGGGAAUAAAAGUCCAGAGAGAGGAAAUAAAUACUUCUAAGAUUUACCACUGAGAUUGUAAUUCUCUCCAAGAUGAUAAAGGACUUCAAAGAACUGUUGAUCAGAAUGGACAGUGUCUUGAAAAGACAUUAUUAGGUGAACAUCAACAAAAGUAAAACAAGGGUAAUGAAGUGUAGCCUUAAUUAAAUUGAGCAAUGCUGAAGGAAUUAGACUAGAAAAUUAGACGCAAAGUAGUUGAUGAAUUUUUCUGUUUGUCAGGUUUGAUUCCAUCGGGAAGCAGUUGUGCACAGGCACAGUAUUUGUUUCAGGUAGUAAAGUGUACAGCAAUCAGUCCCAAAUAAUGUUUAUUGCAUAUCCAGAUUGUGCUCAAUGUGUGGCCAUCUUCAGUGCUAAAAGACAUGCAGGACCAACUACAAUAAGGUAACAUGCAUGCCUUAUUGAAUUUACUGUUUUAUAGGCUUUAAAUGUGAGUCAUUGAUAAAAUACACACCUGAAUGUAAUUUAAAACAUUAAAACUAUGUAUUGCACAUAGUCCCAACUGGACUAUUCAUGUCAAAGGCUGAGUUCACACUGAGGCCAUUGUUUACAGUUGCAACGCAGCUGGCAUCAGCGUAUGUCAUACCAAUCUUCAGAGCCUAUUUUACAAGUGUGAUUCGUUGACAACAUGUAUUAACUUCAUUUGCUAAUUUGUUUUAUUAUUGCAUACUUUUUAAAAUUUAUGCACUUGAAACAAAUAUGGUGGUUGUAACUAAAAAUAGUGACUAAUUUUUUAUAGUUAUACAUGAUGGUAAUCAUGUGAACUAAUCAGUGGCAUCCAUUAUUGCUGCACACUUUACAGCUGAACAAAGUUUAAAAAUACAAAGCAUCGUGUUCAAAAUCCCUGAGAUAGCAAAAGUAUUAUUAAAACUGUGUUGUAUACCAAGCACAGUUGAAGGAAUUGGAACAGACAGUAGUGAUGUUAUAAGUUUUCGUACCAGCAGUGGUAUGUCAAAAGGACCAGAAAUUAUUUCUGCUUUAAAAUGAUAUCUCUCAUAAGUUUCCUGUAAAAAUACAUUAUAAUUGACAUAGCUUGGUAGUGAAAUAAAUAAACUUUCAACUACAUCAUGCAAUAAUGUAAACACGUUGUAUUUGUCUCCAGAAACUUUGUACUCUUAUGCAAUAUAGAAGGAGUGUAAUCAUAACAAGGUCAUUAUUGUCAGAUCAGUGCACCUGUUGAGAUUGGACCAUAGUAGUAGAAUCCUAAUGGUUUGCAAACAGUUCCCAAAAUUGGGAGCUUCUUAUGGCCACCUGCUCAUUAAACAGUUAUCUACAAGAGGAUGCCUGAUGGAUGGCAAAAGACUUAGUUUUCCUCCAUCAGGUCCAUACAUCUUCACUUCUUGCAUGGAUGGAACAUCCUCUUAUGUAAGGUCAAAACUGGUGCACUAUGAGCACUGUACCUACUUUCAAGAAGGUGGUCAGCGUAGUUAGAUCUUUAUGCCGCAUUUUUACAAUCUGCUGCCGCAUAUUUGCUAAGUCUGGCUUCCAGCCAUCUAGCAGUUUGUAGCACAUAGCAAGCAUCACAGUAUUGAAAAAAGAAACAUGUUCCAUAGGUCAGGUGUCUGUAGAAUUGAAUGUCCUGAGUGCACAUAAAACCAGUUUUUGGAGAGAUGACGACAACGACAAUGAAGAGGAUGACGGCGACGACGACGACAACAACAACAACAAAUCAUGGAUUCAUUCAUACGUACAAGAUGGACACACACACAGACACUCAUUCAGUACAGGCAUAAACACAGUCAGAAUGCAUACAUUUCUAGCAUAUCAUAUUGCUUAUU